AUGACGUCUGAUAAAGUAACGAUUGGACUGAGUAAAGAAGAGAAAGCAGCCAAGAAAAUUGCAAAAUUAGCCAAGAAACAUGCCCAAGCUGCCAUGACGGAGAGCUCACACGUCAAGAAGAGUAAGAAAAGUAAAAAAGACAAGAAGGAAAAGAAGGACAAGAAGGAAAAAAAGAGUAAAAAACGCAAACGGAACGAAGAGGAAAAUGAUGAGACGGAUCCCGUGUCGGAAACGUCUGACGAGAGUGACAAUGGUGUAUCAUCGUUGAAGAAAUUCAAGACGGAAGUCAAGACUACGAACGUUGGCGGGACGGAGAAUCCACAGCUUGAGACAUUUGACAUUAGUGAUGAGACUCAGAAGAACCUUCAAGCUCGAGGUAUUACUACACUUUUUCCUAUCCAGGCCAUGACAUUUGACAAGAUUAUGGCUGGAAAGGACCUGAUUGGUCGUGCUCGGACCGGUAUGGGCAAGACACUUGCCUUUGCAUUGCCAGUGAUUGAGAUUUUACUAAAAGACAAGCGGCCACGCGCGCGUGGACGUGCACCUCGUGUGGUGUGUAUGGCUCCGACCCGUGAAUUGGCCAAACAGGUGGCAUCCGAGUUUGAAUUAACUGGGCCUUCGCUUAGCACAGUCUGCAUCUAUGGAGGAGCAUCGUACCAGUCGCAGAACAAUGCAUUCCGUAGUGGUGUAGAUAUUUUGGUGGGUACAACAGGUCGUGUCAUUGACCACAUUGACCGUGGAAAUCUUCGUCUACACAAUUGUGAGUUCUUGAUCUUGGAUGAAGCUGAUACGAUGCUGGAAAUGGGAUUUCGUGAAGACGUGCAGAAGGUGUUUACUGCGAUGGAGAAAGUGCAGAAUGAGAGCUCAGGUAAGCGUCAGACGCUGCUGUUCUCGGCUACGAUCCCCAAGUGGGUGAAGGAAGUGGCUGACAAGUACAUGCAGAAGGCGGAGUUUGUUAACCUGGUGAAGGACUCGGAUGAUCAGGCGUCGACGGAUGUGCAGCACAUUGCGAUUCCGUGCCAUUGGCAAGGACGACCGACGCUGCUGGCUAAUCUGCUUGGUGUGUACGCUAAGAAGGACUCGCGCACAAUUAUCUUUGCAGAAACAAAGAAGGACUGUAACGAGCUUGCAGUGCAUCCUGAGAUAAAGACUGACAGUCAAGUUUUGCACGGAGACAUUGCACAGGACCAACGUGAGACGACCAUGAAGGCUUUUCGUGAGGGCCGUCUGCGUCUGUUGAUUGCGACGGAUGUUGCGGCUCGUGGUCUGGACAUGAACGUUGACUUGGUGAUCAACUCUGAGCCGCCUCGCAAGAUGUCGGGUAUGGCUGACGUUGACACGUAUGUUCACCGUUCUGGUCGUACGGGCCGUGCUGGUAAAAAAGGUAUCUGUAUCACUUUGUACACAACUCGCCAGCGCGACCAGCUGAACCAGAUUGAGCGCAAGAUCGGAAACAAGUUCAUUAUGAAGGGACCUCCAGACCAAGAGGAUCUGAUUAAGGCAUCUGCUGCCAAGGCGCUGAAGGAGAUUGGCAACGUCGACCCCAGUAUGAUUGAGCUUUUUCAGGAAAAAGCUAAUGAGCUCCUCGAGAGUAUGGAACCUGAAAAGUGUCUGGCGGCUGCACUGGCUUGCAUCACGGGCCACACCAAGCCACCUCGCUGUACGUCGCUCAUGUCUGGUGUGCCUGACUACGUGACAGUUUUGUUCACGAGCUCCAACUGUAUCCGUGCUAAGGGAUACGUCUGGAAUGCUUUGAACCGUGACAUUCCUGAGAGCAUCGCGACCAACAUUAAGCAAUUGACCCUGACGGAGGAUUCGAUGGGUGCUUGCUUUGACCUCCCGAUUGCUGGUCUGGAGCUCUUGGAAAAGCUGGUUGAGGAUGGUGGUAUGCAUUGCCCAUACUCGAUCCCGAAGACGCUUCCGAAGCUGCAACAGUCAGCUUACCAAAUGCGUGCACAGAGCUUCGGUGGUGGUCGUGGUGGUGGUCGUGGUUACGGUGGCGGUCGCGGUCGCCGUGGCCGUGGCGGCAGUGGUGGCCGUGGACGUCGCUAUUAA